AUGACGCCCCAGCAGAUGAGCCAGGGAAACUGCAAGACUCCUUCCUUCCUCAGGAAUGCCUGGGCCAAGGAGCUGGUGCUGGUGGUGUCCUUCACCAUCGGGGGCCUCAUUAUAAUUCUGCCCACAAUCAGCCCCUACACCAAGUAUGCCAUCAUGAUCAACCAGGCCUCACCUUACAACCACCCAGUGCUCCUCCUAGACAAUGGGAACAUACUCAAUGGGUCCAGCCACCCACAGGACCCACAGGGCCCAAGCUUGGAGUGGCUGAAGAAACUGUGA